CCAACCCCAAGCUGAUUUUGGCUGAGGCCUGUGCUGUGGCCACUAGGUUUACCCGCUAUCGAUCCUUCAUAUCAUUCAUCCAUUCACCACCGACUGCGCUUCAACAUGGGUCAAUACUGGAGGUUUCUCAACCUCGACAGGCGCGAACAUACCCGGGCCAGAGGCUACCGCUAUAAACUCGGCGAGUUCUUUGGCGAUGGUAUUACAAACAGAAAUAUAGCACUGCGGCUGUGUCGACUCCGAUCCCUUCCCAACAUGCCCAGAAUUCAGCCCAGUGGAGCGGAGAGUACCAACAUUGAGCGACCUGGGCGCAGCUUGCUCGUGCUGCCCAACGAGAUCCUUUACCACAUUACUGAUGGCAUUGAAACCCUCGAGGACUUUGCCUGUUUUGCAGCCACAUGCCAUAUAUGCUGGGACCUAUGUGCUUCCACCCUGGAAGUGUCCAUUAAACACAUGGUAUCUUGGGCAGGUUCCCGCAUCAUUCGCCUCGGAGACUACAUGCAGAACGAUGAUCUCCCGGCAGGUAUCCUUACCGAGGCCCAGCGGGCCGAGCUAGACGCCGCUGUACCGGACGAAUCCUCCCAAGGGCGACCCGUCUCACUCUACGAAUUUGCGGGAGAUCACUACCGCUCAGCGGUUAUGUCUCCAGACUUUUUUGACAUCACAUACGCGUACAUAAGACCGCUCGAGAAGCGAGGUAUCGAAGGCGCACCAUUGGCGGCUAUCAGGAAAAUGUGUACGCCCGUCGAGGCCACCGUUCUCCGAAACCUCUCCAAGAAGCUCUACGUGCGUGCUGAUACCAUCGACGAACUCAACAAGGAAGUCCAACCGAGGUGCGGCGGCAACGAGCCUUUUAGUCUUGGCGAGGCACUCGUUGGUCGCAUCUGCUGGUCAUCUGAUCCCUCGUGCGCGAUGCCGGAACACUGCGAAGACAUCACUCGCGGACCCUGGGCUGGAGAUGCGUUUGACAUCACUUCGAUGGAGAUAUUUCAAAAGGAGGCAGACCUUUCGCGAUGGGUAGAUGCGAAAGACGAGGUGUGCGAGGCGCUACGACGAUACUUGGAUGGUUACUAGAGUACGAUGUAUAGCCUGGGUAGCACCGGAAGCCAUAGGCCAGGAGUCAGUAUUUCGCUUGAAACGUACACUUUUCUAACUUGUUGUUGCUCUCGAAAUGUCC